AGUAUCCACUCAUCUGGUUAAAUACAAUGAGGGGAAGAACAGUGGGAUGCGACCGCACGGGCAUAAAGCAGAUAAAGACAGCAUGAGGAACCGAGUCAGCGGAUACCAUCAGAGAUCACUAGCUCUUGUGCUGUUAUUGUGACCUGUAGCUCAUUAAUCUCAGUGUCUUGUGCUUGGAGCUGCCCACGCACAGCACAGCUGAACAGAGAGAGAGAGAGAGAGAGAGAGAGCACCACUGACUGAACCGAACAGCAAGCGCACUUUUCGUUUUUCCGAUCGCGCAAUUGAUCGCACUCGCCCCGAUAAAUGGGACUGUGGACUGUUUCUCACAUCAUAACCUGCUCAUAAAGACAGAUUAUGUUCAUUUUGGCUUUCCAGUUCCCUCUGAUCGCCGUCCUUGCAAUAUCAGGCACCAGUGGUCAGACUGUUCACACGGACAGCGACCGAUCAGGCUAUGUGGGCACUCAGGUGGAGCUGCGUUGUCAUUUUGCCAACAGUAAACCACCGGUGAAAAUUUCCCAGGUCACCUGGCAGAAGUCUGUCAAUGGCACCAAGCAGAAUGUGGCCAUUGCCAAUCCAGCUCUGGGUGUGUCUAUGCUGCCAGAUUAUAAAGACCGGGUGAGGUUCAAGAACCCAGCGGUUCGCCAAAGAACACCUUCCCUGGAGGACACGACUAUCAUCUUCAAUAACCUUAAACUGUCUGAUGAGGCCACAUACAUCUGCGAGUACACCACAUUUCCUGCGGGUAACAGGGAGAGCAUGGUCAAUCUCACUGUUUACGCUCGACCAAUGGUCCAGAUGAGUCUUUCCACACCCACCAUAGUAGCAGGAUCAAAAGAUAUGAAAAUGACCGUAGCAACAUGUGUCUCAGCCAACGGGAAGCCCCCUGCUGUGAUCACGUGGGACACUGAGUUAAAUGGUGAAGCAAACACCGAGGAGAUUAAGAACACUGAUGGGACAAUAACAGUGCGCAGUGACUACAUCAUGACACCCAGUCGAGAAGCAAAUGAGCAGCGACUUACCUGUAUCUCCACCUACAAUAAUGAUCAGCAAACAGACGACGUUAUUCUCAAUGUACAGUACGAGCCAGAGGUGAGCAUUGAGGGCUUUGAUGGAAACUGGUAUAUAAAUCGAGAGAAUGUCCAGCUAACUUGCUUGGCCGAUGCUAAUCCAGCUGUUUCUUCAUUUCAGUGGAGAUAUUUGAAUGGUUCCAUGCCGAAUACAGCCGAGCAACGUGAGGAGACACUAAUCUUUAAAGGUCCUGUAACCUAUGAGAUGGCGGGGACAUACAUGUGUGAUGCCACCAACAUUGUCGGUGCAGGUUCAGCAUCAGUUGAGGUGAUUAUAAUAGAGUCCCCUAGCUCCACACAUGCUGAGCAACAGCGAACAGGUGCUGCUAUUGGUGGAGCGGUUGUGUGUGGUACAGUGCUGCUGGCAGCCAUUAUUUUGUUGGUGGUCUUCUUUCAUCGGCAAAGGCGCACAUUUAAAGGAGAUUACAGCACCAAAAAACAGGUCCUGGCCAACGGCUUUGGCAAAGCUAGUGACCUGUCGUCAUGCCCCUCUCUGCCUCAGAGCAUGACCUAUCCCGAAGACCUGAACUAUCCUGAGGAUGAAAAGAAACCCGAACUUUAUGGAAGCCCCAGUUUCUUAGGUGAAAGUGUUCAUGAGUUCCAUAAUCAUCCUCCCAACAGGAUGAAGACCUACAGUCCAGUAGAGGAAAACAAGAGGUUGAGAUAUAAUGAGCAGAGCUACAGGGAUGACUAUGGGUCUGAAGUGGAAGUCUCAGUGGAUAUGGUUCCUCAAAUGGAUGGUUCUGUCAUCUCGAAAGAGGAGUGGUAUGUGUGAAAAGAAAAGGAGGAAAAAAUGUUUUUGCAUAUAAAUUAAUACAUGCCAUCGUUAGAAUUUAUUUCCACCUUACAUGUUAGUAAAUAGAGCUUAAAAUCCAAAUAAAUGUGGGUCAACUUUAUUUAUAUUAAUUGCUGGUGUUGAAAUGCAGUCCAGAAUAAUGAACAUUUUUCAACCAUCUACUGGUCACCUUUCUGUUACAUUUUGAUACGUUUGUCAUGUACUAAAGUAAAUUAUACCACAGUGCUGGUAAAUUUUUGAAACUGACUGGCCUGAAAGUAUUGAAUGUUUUAUAACAGCAGCUUUGGCAAUAGUUCCAGCUACAAGGAAAAUCACUGUAUUAGUUCUAAUACAUUAUUGUUUCCAUCGUAAAAACACAGAGACUUUUACAUCAAACAUUUCACAGAAUCUAAGUCUAAUAAAUAAAAUAAAAAGUGUGAAUUAACUAAGAAAAACAAUCAUUGAUAUGGUGAAGCUUUCGAUAAGAUGAUUUUUAUUUAACAUUAUUGGAAAGAGUCUCCAGCAUUGCUUUAUAACAGUCAAAGCUGAGCUGCGGUUUGUCGUUAACAAGCUGCUAUUUUAUAAACUUCAAGAGAACGUGAGGGAGCAACUGUUUAUAGCUGCUAUAACAUAAGUGAUAACAGUGUGUAUAUACAGUGCCUUCCAAGAUUAUUGGCACCCCCUGUAAAGAUUAGUAAAACCGAUUAGAAAAAAAAUCCACCUUUUGGUGAAGUCGCGUCAUCUCACACUGAAAAAAUGAGAAAAAUCCGACCUUUAAUUGAAGUAAAUUUAUUCAGAGAAAAACAAAUCUCUCAUCAAGAAAUAAUUAUUUACAACAAAAACACAUGUGCCACUAUUAUUAGCAACCAUGCAUUUUAUACUUUGUACAACCUCCCUUUGCCAGUAAAACAGCACCGAGUCUUCUAUAACAUUUUAUAAGAUUGGAAAUACAGAACAGGGACUCGGAGACCAUUCCUCCUUAUACAAUCUCUCCAGAUCAUCCAGGGUCUUCAGCCCUCUCUUGUGCUCUCUCCUCUUCAGCUCACCCCACAGGUUUUCAAUGGGGUUCAGGUCAGGGGACUGAGAUGGCCAGGGCAGAACUUGAUUGUCACUCAGUGCGUUUACAUGCACAUAGAGAAAAUCGAAUUUCUGCCAUUGCUCGACUGAAAUCGAAGUUCUAAAUGCCAUGGAUACACCUUAGCUAGGCUGAAAUUGAACCGAACUUGAUUUCUCGUAAUCGAGCUACACGACCUAGAUUAUGCAAUUUUUGCCGAGCUACUUAGUGCAUGUAUACCCUAUCGAGCUAUGUAGUCGAGCUACUUACUUCAGCACUGCCCCUUCCGGAAGUAACGAGUGACGAGACCACAAGCGGGAAACACGACAGCCUCGGUCGGCAUGACAACAGUAGUAGCGAGCAGCAGAAGAGGUCAGGAGGAACAAACGAAGAAGAGAAAAUGGCGAGCAGAAACGUGCACUUCUGGAGCAAUGAGGAGACAGAGUUCAUGCUCAUUCAGCUUAAGGAGUUGAAUAUAUUAAAAUUCAUGGACGGGAGAAAAACGCGCAAUGGAGAACACGGAACUGAUAACUUUGUUUACACUCUUGAAUAGCUCUUCUUCAUGACGACAACCGGAAGUGUACCAACACGAUGGGGCGUGUAGUGCCACCUGUGGCUCGGGUGCACAAUGUACCUCACACAAUAGCUCGAUUUCCUUGUGUGCAUGUAGGAUUGGAUUUCUCUGGCACCCCUGCUGGGACCCUUUGCUCGAUUACCGACAGCAGCUCGAUUUGGAUGUGCAUGUAAACGUACUGAGUGAACCAUUUUUGUGUUGAUUUGGACAUAUGCUUUAGAUAAUUGUCCGACUGGAAGAUCCAGCAUCGACCCAGUUUUAGUUUCCUGCCAGAGCCAGCCAGAUUUUGAUUUAAAAUGUCCUGGUAUUUCAUGGUGUCCAUGAUGCCAUGGACCCAAACAAGGUUUCCAGGGCCUUUGGAAGACAAACAGUCCCAAAACAUCACAGAACUUCCACCAUAUUUUACAGUUGGGAUCGGGUUCUUUUUAUUAUAGCCAUCCUUCUUUUUACACCAAACCCACCUUGAGUGUUUAUUGCAAAAAAAGCUACAUUUUUGCUACUUCAGACCAUAGAACACAGUUCCAGUCAAAGUUGUAGUAGCGUUUUGCAGACUUCAUACAUUUAUGUUUGUGGAUAACUGACAAAAAAGGCUUUUUUUCUGACAUACUUUCCAAAUAAUCUGUUAGCAUGGAGGUGGCGUCUGAUGGUGGUUUUGCAGACUUGAAUUUUACUUUUUCUUGUUAUCCACUAACAGUGAUCCUUGGGGAUUUUUUGCCUCUCUUACAAUCCUCCUCACUGUACGUGGGGUGAAAAAUAAACUUGGGUCUUCUUCCAGGCAAUUUGUAACAGUUCUAGUUGGUGUCCAUGUUUUUAUUAUUGCCCUAACAGUAGAAAUGGACAUUUUCAGGUGAGUAGUAGCUAUUUUUAUAACCAUUCCCUGACAUGAAGGUCAACAGACUUCUCCCUCAUUUGGUUUGUGUGUUCUCUUAUCUUUCCCAUGCUGACGGAUGACUAAGGGAAUUUGGUCUCUGCGUCACCUCAUAUUUGUACCCCGGUUAAUCAGGAAGUCAUGGCUUGAAAGUUCCUACACACUCCAAUCAACUCAAAAACUGUACAAUUACACUGGGUUCAUUAUAAUUUCCAGGGGUGCCAAUAAUAGUGGCACAUGUGUUUUUGUUGAAAGUAAUUAUUUCUUGAUGAGGGAUUUGUUUUUCUCUAAUUAAAUUUAUUU